AUGAAGCGGCCGCGAAAGGCGGAGCGGGAUCCGGGGAAGGAGGGGCAGGGCAAGCACGAUGGGGAGGAGGAACAGCUAGCGUGGUUGCACCGACAAGUGGUGCUGAAAGGUCAGGAGGGCGCAGGUGCAAUGGGGGAUGGAGCCUGGCAAGCAGGAGCAGCAGGGGCGGCAGGGGCAGCAGGGGCAGCAGGAGGAGCAGGAGGAGCUGGUACUGGAGCCACACCAGGGACUGGGAAGAAAGGCAAGAAAGGUGGUGCAAAGGAGGGUGGAGCGAAAGGAGGAGGGGGAAAGGGUGCGGCUGGGCAGGAGAAUAGUGGAGCAGGGCAGUCGAGUUCUGGCAAUCAUGCACUCAUGAAGUUCCCCAUUCCCUAUUGCUCCUGCACGGGUCACCCUAGACAGGUGCACCGCAACGGCCACUGGGGUUGGCAAUCAGCCUGCUGCACCAACUCCCUCUCGCAGUACCCCCUUCCCCCCCACCCCACCCGCCGCCACAACCGCAUGUGCGGCCGCCGCAUGUCAGCCUCCGCGUUUCUCAAGUUGGCUCAGCGGCUGGAGGGAGAAGGCAUGGAUGUGCGUGCUGUGCCCAUUGAUCUCUGCCCCUAUUGGGGCAAGCACGGGUAUAACCAGCCGAUUGCAGUCGCCACUCACACUAAUUUCAACGCCCUUGGUUCUGACGCUGGAGUUGGUGUCGUCGGUGCUGGCGGUUCGGCUGACGUGGCGGUUGAUGCUGACGAUGGUGUUGGUGCUGAUGCUGGUGCGGUUGGGGUCGGUGCUGGGGGGAAUGACUGUGGUUUUGCAGCUGGUUUGUCGGGCGGAAGUGGCAGUGGGAAUGGGGAGCAUGAUGAGCUCGAUUGCCAUAAUGCCUUUAUAGAAACGCGCUUCUCCCCGCUCUCUUCCGCACCCUCCUCCGCACGAUUUCCCCCGCCCCCCCCUAGCCCUCCUCCGCGCGCUCUUCCGCGCGCCAUGUGCAUGGAUACUCUCACGCGCAAGCCCUCUCCACCCCCACAAUCCCUCACCGCUCGCCGAAUCCUCGUCAGAAAACGACGCCAGAACCAGCUAGCACCGGCAACGGCAGCUGCAGCCGUACCAGCCGCCACUACCGCCGCUGCAGGCUCUGCGGACGCCGCAUUCCCCGCGGCUGUUUCCGCCGAGCGCCUUGCGGCAGACCAUACCGCGCAGCCUUCGCCCGCGGGGCUAUGGGGGGCGGGGGGAGGGGAUGGCGCAGCGUGGGACGUGGCUGCGGGGGCGGAGCGGAGAGAGCGCAGCGCGGCGGAGCAGCAGUCGGAGCUGUGCCAGUCGCGCGGAAGGAGUGGCGGAAGGAGCGGAGAUUGGAGCGCGGGCGCCGGCCGGCGAGAUGCCGGGCCGGCGGGGGUUCUGCGAUGCGAGAAUGAGGGCGCGGGGCGGAAGCGGAAGAGUGUGUACCAGUCGAAGCUGACGUCAGAGGCCGUUUGGGAUGACUCAGCGUGUCUGACGUCAGCAUCUCCACAACCACCGGCGUUCUUUCCCCCACCCGCUGCCGCUUUCCGCACACUCGCGGCCGCAUCGGCGCUUCCUUGCGCGUCCCUCUCGUUACACUCACCCCCGCAAGGAUCCCCCGAGCCACAACGCCCUGCAACCCGCCCCUCUGUUCCCGCUCUUCUUCCGCCGCCGCGCCUUCCGCCGUCUCCCUUUGCACCACCACUUGCGCCACCUCUUGCGCCGAUUCCGCCGUCCGCGGGAGGCAUGUUUGAGAACCAGCGCAUAUCGCCCCUGGCGCACCACAUAGCGCAGCAAGUUCCGCAGUCCUUCCCCCAAACCCCCUUCCGCAGAUCCCCCACCCUCCCCUCGUCCUGGGACCUUCCCCCUUUCUCCAAGCGCCAGCGGGUGGCGUGGGGAGGGGGAGCGGGGGGGCACUCGGUUGGAGGAGUGGAGGAGGAGGAGGAGGAGGAGGAGGAAGAGGAGGAGGAGGAGGGUGGGGACGAGGACAAGUCCAUGGGUGACCCUUGGGAAUCUCCCAAGUUUGUUCUCUCUUCCGGGCGAUCUCUCUCCUCAGAUUGCCUUAUCCGAGCAGGCAAGCCGUUGACCAUUGAUGGCGAGUUUGAGCAAUUCUUCUCCCAGCUCCUCCUCUGA